AUGUCGUGGUUCCGCUCCGCGCUCAGCAUAGGCGCGGAGGCCGCCAAUGCGAGCGGCAAGGCGGUGGGGUCGGGGUUCGAGCGCGCGAGCUCGUUCGCGUCGUCGGUGGUGCAGCGCGCCAAUGACGCCGUGCUGCUGGCGGGCGACGCGGUGGAGCAGGGCGCCAAGAUGGUCUACGAGCACGCCGAACACGCUGUGGGCGGCGCGUCGGCGCGGCAACACAACAGCUUCCGCCACGCCGUGCGGCGCAUCGAGGAGGUGGCGAUGCUGGCGUGCGGGGCGGAGCGCAAAGAGGCACUGGCGCGCUGGCUGGGCGCGCUGGCGGAAAUCAGCGCGGAGAGAGAGCAGGCGGAGCGCGGAGAGAAGGAGCUGGCAGCACUGCAGAAGCUGGGGAUGGGGCUUGCGCUUGGGGGGAACGCGGCAGCGGGUGGGGGGAGCGAUGGUGGUGGGGGUAGCGGGAAGAAUGACUCAGCGGAGGGCGGGGCGCGGGAGGCAGCGGGGCAACGGGCGGCGGAGGCAGAUAGUGUGAAGAUUGUAAAUUGA